GUCACCGCGUUCUGGUACGCGGCCGCCGCCCGCGUAAAUUUGAAAUGGCUGAGGAACUGCGCAGUGUUGUACUUCUGGAGUCCGGAGCUAUGGUUCCAGCGGGCCCCGACUUGGCAGCCGAGGAGGAUCCGGCGUCCCGGAAGGAAGGUUUAUUCCAGGAUGCAGAUCCAUGCAGUGAUCAUAGCUGUCAUGUUAAGCCAGGUGCUACUGUAAACACUCUUGUGCCAGAAGGAAAAAUUCUUUUUCCACAAAUUAUCCCAACAAAUGAACUUUUGUUUUAUGAGAGAUUCAGAGCCUAUCAAGAUUACAUUUUAGCUGACUGUAAGGCCUCUGAGGUAAAGGAAUUCACAGUCAGCUUCUUGGAAAAGGUCCUUAAACCAUCUGGAUGGUGGGCAGUCUGGCACACUAAUGUGUUUGAGGUGCUUGUUGAGGUUACAAACGUGGACUUUUCAGCCUUGAAGGCAGUAGUGAGACUUGCAGAGCCAUGUAUUUACGAAUCUAAAUUGAGCACUUUUACCUUGGCAAAUGUGAAGGAGCUUUUGGACCUGAAGGAGUUUCACCUGCCUCUGCAGGAGUUGUGGGUGGUGUCAGAUGACUCACGCGAAUUUCACGAGAUGGCACUUGCCAUUGAGCAUGUCAGGUUUUUCUAUAAAAACAUUUGGAGGAGUUGGGAUGAAGAAGAAGAAGAUGAGUAUGAUUAUUUUAUCAGAUGUGUUGAACCGCGACUGAGAUUGUAUUAUGAUAUACUUGAAGAUCGAGUUCCCUCAGGACUUAUUGUUGACUACCACAAUCUGUUGUCUCAAUGUGAAGAGAGUUACAGAAAAUUUUUAAAUCUGAGAAGCAGUUUGUCCAAUUGUAAUUCUGAUUCUGAGCAGGAAAAUAUCUCCAUGGUGGAAGGGUUAAAUUUGUAUUCAGAGAUUGAACAGUUGAAACAGAAGUUAAAACUCAUUGAGAAUCCUUUGUUGAGAUAUGUUUUUGGUUAUCAGAAGAACUCUAAUAUCCAAGCCAAGGGCACUCGUCAAAAUGGCCAGAAGGUCACCCAUGUGGUUUCCUCCACCAUGAAGACAGGUCUGCUGCGGUCUCUAUUCAGGGACAGGUUUUGUGAGGAGUCUUGCAAAGAAGAAACAGAAAUUCAGUUCCAUAGUGAUCUGUUGUCUGCUAUAAAUGCCUGCCAUGAGGGUGACACGGUUAUUAUUUGUCCUGGCCAUUAUGUGGUUCAUGGCACCUGCUCCAUAGCUGACUCCAUUGAGUUAGAAGGAUAUGGUCUACCAGAUGAUAUUGUCAUAGAAAAGAGGGGCAAAGGAGAUACUUUUGUGGAUUGCACGGGUAUGGAUGUUAAAAUUUCAAGCAUAAAAUUUAUCCAGCAUGAUUCUAUAGAAGGAAUCUUAGUCAUUCACUAUGGCAAGACCACACUGGAAAACUGUGUACUGCAAUGUGAAACUACAGGAGUCACAGUACGCACAUCAGCAGAACUUUUCAUGAAGAACUCAGAUGUAUAUGGUGCCAAGGGUGCUGGUAUAGAAAUAUAUCCUGGGAGUAAGUGUACCCUGACUGACAAUGGGAUCCAUCACUGCAAGGAAGGGAUCCUUAUUAAGGACUUCCUUGAUGAACAUUAUGAUAUUCCCAAAAUUUCUAUGAUCAAUAAUGUCAUACAUAACAAUGAAGGUUAUGGAGUUGUUUUGGUGAAGCCUACGAUUUUCUGUGAUCUACAGGAAAAGGCCCAAGAUGAAACUAGUGACAAUACAAUUCAGAAAAAUAGAGAGGCGGGUGCCACUGAAGGAUUAGAUCUGGAAGAAAUGUUUCAGUGUGUGGCCAGCAAAAUGGAGCUUUAUGCCACAGCUGAAUUUUCUGAACAAGCUAAGGGAAACUGUGAAAUUAUAAAUGAACUGCUUGCUACUUCCAUGCAAAAAGGCCGGAUGAAGAAACGAUUGAGCGAACUUGGGAUCAUACAAGCUGAUGACAACAUAAUGUCACAGGAGAUGUUUAUUGAAAUUAAGGGAAACCAGUUUAAGUGGAAUGGCAAAGGGAGUUUUGGCACAUUUCUUUACUAGCUACAAUGAUAUCAGUAGCUCACAAAUUAUAGUAUUUUGAACAUAUCCUAGCAAUCAUGCUGCUUAUGCACUUUGCUUCCUUUGCUUCAUGUCUGUAUAUUAUAUAAUAUGUACUUGAUUGAACUUGUGUAAAAUGUGUAUUUACUUCUCUCUACAUGUAUUAGAUACAAAGCAUUCCUUUGUAACAAAGCCACAAAAACAUAAAAUAUGGCUGUAUGUGUAUCUCA